CCAAAUUAUUUUCCAGACAAAUUUAAAUAAAGGCACGUAAGAAAAGUACUCUAUAACUACAAAAUUUCUCAUCCUCAAUCAUAAAAACCUCCCCCAAUCUCCACCAUAAACCCUCCAUCGCCGCCGCCGUUACCGCCGCAAUUCCGACAUGUGGACUUCUUUAGCCACUUGGGUCACCCCCACUUCCCUCUUCAUCCUCAUCAACGUCGUCAUCGCCACCAUCGUCAUCACUUCCCGCCGCCAUCUCCACGACGGCCCCGCCCUCCUACGCCACCCUUCUUUCCUAGACAGAGUCAAAUCCUUCAACCUCUACCCCUACCACUCCGACCACCACCCUAAUCCAGACCCUCCAACCCGACUCGACCGAGCUCCAUCGGUGUUGGAUCGCCUCAAAUCCAUCACCCUCUACAGAUCCGAUUCAAACCACGAACUGGAAACGCCACAGCCGGUAGCAGAACAGAGCCCGGAAAAGACCCACCACGACCAUUCCGUCAGCCGGAGCAAAUCCAACACCGAACCCCACGCUCCGACGACGAGCUUCCGGGCGAAAUUGCAGAAAUCGCUGAGCGAGAAGCUGUCAUGGACGUCGUUCACUAGGGCGGAUACAGCGGCGCAGGAAGAAACAGAGGAAUCAGUAAGCGAAAUUGAACGGCGUCGUCCGGCGACAACGAUGGCGGAGAUUGGAGAACCAAAAACGCCGGAAGCUGCCGACGAGGAGGAGGAGGUGGAUGUGAGAGCUGACGAUUUCAUCAACAAAUUCAAGCAGCAGCUGAAAUUGCAGAGGCUGGAAUCUCUGUUGCGUUACAGAGACAUGAUUAAAGGCAAAAAACAUUAAGCCCCCUCUUUAUCUUCUUUCACAUCUGAUCGAAUUUUUCAUUUCAGUUCUUGAUUUAAAAAAAAAAAAAAAAAAAAAAAAAUCCCCCUUCUCUGUUUUUUUUUUCUUGUACAAACUCUGUUUUGUGAGGUUUGUUGGUCUGAUUUCGUAGGUUUUUCUGUCUGAAUGGAACACAGCCGCCAUUAAUGUGGAACAUAGCCACCAUUAAUGGCGGAAAGAAAUCGGGUGUCGAAUGAAUUAUCA